GCCAAAAUGAAGUUCAAUCCAUUCAUGACCUCGGACCAAAGCAAGAACCACAAGAGACACUUCAAUGCACCCUCUCACAUCUGGUUCAAGAUCAUGUUGUCCCUGCUCUCCAAGGAGCUGAGCCAGAAAUACAACGUCUGCUCGAUGCCCAUCCGGAAGGACGACGAGGUCCAGGUGGUUCAUGGACACUACAAAGGUCAGCAAAUUGGCAAGGUAGUCCAGGUUUACAGAAAGAAAUACAUCAUCUACAUUGAGCGUGUGCAGUGUGAAAAAGCUAAUGGCACAACUGUCCAUGUGGGCAUUCACCCUAGUAAGGUAGUUAUCACCAGACUAAAACUGGAUAAAGAUCCCAAAAAGAUUCUUGAGCGUAAAGCCAAAUCCCGACAAAUUGGAAAGGAGAAGGGCAAAUAUAAAGAAGAAACCAUUGAAAAGAUGCAAGAAUAA